GCUCGAUGCUCAAUUUCGCGCUGCGAUGCAUGUGGCGACACCUACAUAUCCGCCAUGGCUGGAAGGUACAAUGUCAAGGUGCCGUAUCAUGCAAUGAAUCGUGGCGAUACGACAGCUAUCAGACAGCACAAGUCGGAUUCAAACCGAUAGUUUUCGCAUAUAACUACCUUUCGACCGCCGAACACGCGAAUGAACUCUCACAUCCUCCUUCCCUGCAACCCGCGGUUGCUCAUCACCCUUCCUCCAGGCGACCUCGACGCUCAUCUUUCUUCCAUCCUGAACUCGACCGCAUAAUUGCUAAACAGCGCACAGCCCGACUUGAUCAUCAUGAGCACGCACUCGUGCCUGAAAUGUGCCUGAGACAUAUUUGCGGAAUGCCCAUACGCGUGAACGUGAACACAUGCGAGUGGCCCCCUAGAUCUCGUACGCGCGCAGCGGCAUCUGCCCGCUCUAGCGGGAACUCCUCGCAUCAAAGCCUUCAGAGCGCGCGGAUGGACGUUCACAUGAAGCGGACCGGGACGGUGACAAUCUGGCCUGCGCAGAUGGAGACGAUGUCGACGCAUGGGCAUGGAACGCCGCUCGCACGGAACAUGGAAAGCGGAGUGACGAUGCCUUCGAUGGCCUAUCGGGCACCUUGUGAAUGUAAGGAGCGGAGUCACGCGAACGUAGGGAGCGGAAUCCAAGGGCGGACCACGGCGUGUUCAACGACCUCGGAGAUGCAAUCGCAGCAACUGCGCCAAGGCACGCGCGCGCGUGCGCAAGCUAUUCCCACAUCGAUUCGGUACCUCAUUGAAUGCACGAAUCGCUCACGUAGCUUGCGCUGGACGCCAAGCUGCUUGCAAGACUGAAUGAGCUCGAUGAGGUAUCCAUGCGUAUAUGCGGGUUUGACGACGGGAGGCGUUGCAGGAACGAGUGGAUCAGGUGGGGUAUUGGAAGUGUCGCGGAUGGGUCAGAGUCGCAUUGGCUCACUGGAGGUUGUCACACACCGGCACGUUUCAGGACUUAAUCUACUGAUAGCACGAGAUUGCCAUUCUCCCAUGGGUUGUACGUAUUACAGGAACCGGAAACGGACUUGCGAGGUUAUAGCUUCCUU